GUUGAGCGUCAGGCGGGGGCCGUGUGUCAAAACGCGCACCUCCUGCUCACAGCUGCGCUCUUCACAACCAAACUUUUUCUUUUUUUCUCUCUCUCAUGCGAUUCAGCGAGCUGCGACCCUUGGACAAAGUUAAUCCGAGRCAAGCCUACUCAACAUGUUUUCAUCUGUCUUUUGUGUUUUACGAAACGAAGCCAGCCCAGAUGCAUCUUUUGGAGCUUAUUGUUUUUUUCCCCACGCAAAUCAUUUGAAAAAUUGAUGAAGUAAUAUUUUCUCUCCCGAGUCGCACUUUCUGAAGAGGCAGAACAAGUGGAUGGAAAGCGGGACGCCUUCACGACCCCAGAGCUCAUUAUGAUGAACAAAAGGCCUCAACAAAAAGAAAUGCACACCCUGAAAAUUAAGGAAGUCCUUAGAACAUAAGCAGUUUAUGUGACUCAGCAUCACAGUGCAGUUUUACGCUUCAUGUGAUAGCAUCAACUUCCUCCUGGUGGAAAAUAACUGUGAGGCUGAAGCAUCACCUACAAGAAGGAACACAAACAACCGGAAGGCACUUUAGGACGGUAACUCACGAGAUUGGCAGAACCUAUUAAGUGGCAGUGUGGGACAUAAUCUUCAGACAAGAAUGAGGAUCAAAUACACCAUGCCCAUCGUCUUCUUCGUGGCACUCGUCAUAAUUGAGAAAGAGAACAAGAUAAUCUCCAGGGUGUCCGAAAAAAUCACGUUAAAGCACAUCCCCCAAGACCCUCAACAGCCAAGUGGUUUAGACCACAUUCUGAAGCACAAUGCCUCCUUCCCUUCCCUCAGCAAGGAUGCUGUGCUGAUAAAGCGGCGCCUGGAGAACUACAGCGAGCACCAAGAGGUGAAGAAAAGAGGAAGRAGACAUGUUCUCCUGCUGGCCACCACCCGGACCGGCUCCUCGUUUGUGGGCGAGUUUUUCAACCAGCAGGGCGAGAACAUGUUUUACCUGUUCGAGCCACUGUGGCACGUGGAGAAGAUGCUGACUCUGGACACCGGGGGCACCAAUGCAACCGCGUCUGCCAAGGCGUACCGCGACGUGCUCCRGCAGCUCUUCCUGUGCGACUUCUCCCUGCUGGAAAGUUUCCUAGAGCCCCCUCCUGUGAACCACGUCACCGCGGCUCUUUUCCGCAGGGAAUCCAGCAGCUCUCUGUGCGAGGAGUCCGUCUGCAGCCCUGUCGUCAAGGGAGUCUUUGAGCGCUAUCGCUGCAGAGCAAGACGCUGCGGGCCCCUCAACCUGACUAUGGCRUCCGAGUCUUGCCUCAACAAGGAGAACAGGGUCAUCAAGUCUGUCAGGGUCCGCCAGCUCGAGAAUCUUCGCCCKUUAGCCGAGGAUCCACGACUUGACAUCAGAUUCAUCCAGCUGGUUCGGGACCCUCGGGCCGUGCUGGCCUCACGCAUGGUGGCCUUUGCUGACAAAUAYAAGAACUGGAAGGAGUGGGCCAUGGGUGGGAGUGUGUCUCUUGAUUUUGCAGAGGUAAUGAAGCUGAAGGGGAACUGUGACAACAUUAGAUUGUCCGCAGAGGUCGGCCUCAGGCAGCCGCCGUGGCUGCGCGGCCGCUACAUGUUGGUGCGCUACGAGGACAUCGCUCGAUUCCCCAUGAGGAAAGCAACAGAGAUGUACAGGUUUUCGGGGAUCCCCUUCACCCGACAAGUCAAAUCUUGGAUUCUGAGGAACACCCAGGCCUCUAAGGAGACCAGCGGYGUGUACUCCACACAGAAAAAGUCCUCAGAACAAGUGGAGAAAUGGAGGUUUAGUCUGCCGUUCAAGAUAGCCCAGGUGGUACAGAGAGUGUGUGGGCCGACGCUGAAGCUGUUUGGCUACAAACUUGUCAGCAGCGAAGAGAUGCUAACAAACAAAUCUAUAAGUCUGAUUGAGGACAAAGUGUUUAAAUCUUUAUGGACUUGAACGAGAAUGAACCUGUCAUGAAAAUGCUGGAAAAUCAUUUUUUUAAAGAACCAUAUUUAUUAGGAAUUUUUUUAAUUCUAAUCCAGAGCUUUAUAUUUUAUAAUGAGCUUCUUCAAUUUUUUUAUUGUUCAUAUAUAACAUGGCUUAAUGAGAGAAUUUAGAAGUUUUUAAAUUAAAGUUUACUAUUAAAGCAAGAGCAUUUGGAACAACUGUUAAACUAAAAUUGAAACAAACAGAGAAAAAAAAGGAACAAUUUGUAUGUUUAUGUUUUGCACUGGACUCUUUUUAUGAAAUGCUAAUGCUGCUGUUGUGUCUGCAGUUGGACUACUUUUAAACCACUUAAUCUAAAACCAUAAACUUGUUUAGUUACUGCCUUAAGGUCAACAGGGGAAAGGCCGAUGUCUUGCCAAUACUUUCUUUUAAGAUUAGUUAGUGAUGCUUCAUGCAAAAUGUGUUUAAUUGUUCUUGUUUUAAAACUGGUUGAAUGUCCUGUUCUUAUUUGCUGCAGCAGUUUUUGCUUAUGCCAUUUAUUUUUGUUUGAUGUAUGUAAUUUAGUCAAAAGUGGCUUGAGAGAUGUUUGGAUCCAUCAGCUAAAACAGGUGUUCGUACAGUUCGUAACAUUCCAACUGCAGCUGGUUUGCAGGAUUGUGUGAGAUUUAUCGACAGCUCUCUGUCUGUWGACACAGGUCGUCUGGCGGCUGAUGAAAAAAAGGCACCGACAGAAUAUUUACCAGUUUUGAGUUUCUUUUUUUUUUUUUGUGCAUUUUGUCUGCUGCAAUAAAUCUAACUUUACAACUACAAAA